AUGUCUCUCGGUCUUAACGAUAUCGGUGGGAUCGUGAGGCUCGCCUGGCGAAUAUGGAAUGUUGGGUCAAGUCAGUAUACAAGUGCGCCUCAAGAAUUCACAGAGUUCCUAGGUAAUGUUAGAACUCUGGCAACCACCCUUCAAGGUGUGGAGGAUGUGGCACGGUCACCUAUGGCUGUUCGAGACAGCUUCAAUCUUGACAGUGACUUCCUUCAGUCGACAAUAAAGGAGGCUAGCGACACACUUGCCUCGUGCCAGAAAUUGAUCACGCAAAACGAUCACUUCAAAAAGUCUAGGGAAGGAUAUGUUGUGAAUAUCAUUUGGGCUAUGACUAUCAAGGAACACAUUCGCCAGCAGCAAGAUCGAAUCCAGGUUUGCUUUCACAAGGCAAACUUCGUACUUCAACGAAGAGGAAAGGAAGAAAUCAUCCAAAAUCAGAGAGUGCAUCUCGAAGUAACACAGGCUGGUCACGAAGAAACCCAAAGACUACUUCGAAACAUACAAGCUCAUCCGGGUCAGCCAAUGGUCGAGAAAUCUUACACGGAGCUUUUAAGCGAAGCAGUGUCCAACCGCUUCGCUGAUAGCAUUGACGAUACCCCAACAAUCAUCCAGCGCCUAGAUGCUGCGCUGGUUUUCUGUGAAGCCGGAACUCAAUUGUUUGAGGCUGAACCACCUUCUUUACGAAGUCCGACUCCGGCGCAAUAUCUUAACCUGCUUAAGACAAUUUGGUUGAUUGAGAGUAUUACGCACGAUGCUGGAUACAGAUCGUUUUGUCGCAAGGACCCCCUUAACAAAGCCUGGGCGUCUAUACUGGAGAACAGAGUGAGGCAAGAGGCUCGACGUUUUCUCCAGGGAGACACUCCAUUGGAUCGGGUUAGUGACGAAGAGCUAUUGCGACAGCACGAAUCAGGGUUUGAUGUCAAUCUAUGGCAGGAGAAGCAAGUGCCUGUACCUAGUCCUCUAGAGGCAACCGGAGGAGAAGUGCUAGCCAUGUCAACGCCGCUCAAAACUCGUGACCAAACACGAGUACAAGAACUACGCCUAUUUCGUCUCACGGAAAACCGUUUACGACUAGCUAUAGUUACUUCAACCCUGAGUCAAGCGCAACCAGUGGUACCUACAGUCGACAGGAAUGAGAUCGAUUGUCACAAGGUAUACUUGUACCCAAUCUAUGCGAUGUCAGCCAACGCAGCGCCUAGUGUUAUCUGGAAAGCAGCAGCUUCUGAUUAUUCGGUUCAAGAAUUGGCAUUUACGACGCUGAACAAUGCGCGUGAAUUCCAGGAACACGUCACAAACUUCAAGAUUCGCUGUGACCUACCAGCUCUUGUAACAGCUCGAAAGAAAACGGGCUUCUUUGAUGGACAGGGCAAAGUCUUUGCCGAUGGCGGGCGUAUUCAGAUUUGGAUGUAUCGUAACCCUCUCAGUGACGUCCGAAGAGGUGCUAGUGUCAACGCACGCGACGAAUCUGAGGCAACUGCGCCUAGCACAGGCAGUAGUUCUGAAACAGGCGGAUCCUCAGGUACUUGGACAGAAGCAACACUCAGAAGCAACAAUAGAUGGACAUCUGUGAGAAGUGGCGAUGGCGGAGCAUUCCUUGAGGAACCUGUACCUUCUCAAGUCAUUAUUCUCACGGAGACGAACAACUUGAUGUCCGCCACGAGCAUACGAGUCGACGAGUACACCGCGCUUGCUCCCGAUAUAUGUCGCUGCAGUGCUAAGAACAGCCAAUGCAAAGAAGUCGUGAUAGUGAACAAGAAGAAAAGACUGGGCUUGAGGACAUAUACUUCCAAGUCACCAAACGAGGGCUGGAACGUUGCUGUAUUUGGGUAUUCCAUCUUAAAGCAACGCAGAGGGAAUGGGUUCAAAUAUACCGCCGCUCAUUAUUGUGCUAAGGAGCUUGACGAAGAAAUCGCAAAGUUCGUUUCUAUCCUGUUUGACACUGUCGAGGCCAGGAAGCACUUUCAAGAGCGCAUGGAGCUAGCUUGUAGGACUAUUCAGAAUCAGGUCGAGGCUUACCACAAAGACCUACGAGCAACGGAGAGGACGACUGUGUAUAGCCAUAAGUAG